GUAUAAAACCACCGGCGCCGCGGCCGGAGCAGUUCGCGUUCAACUACGGCACAUCUACAGCACAUCAGCAGCAGCAGCCGUCGUUCGAAUUUUCGCUUGGCAAACCGGUAAACGAAAACCAGAAAAAUGUGUGACGACGACUUACCACCACCGUUGGUCGUGGACAACGGUUCCGGUAUAUGCAAGGCUGGUUUCGCUGGAGAUGACGCCCCUCGUGCUGUUUUCCCUUCCAUCGUCGGUAGACCGCGUCAUCAAGGUGUCAUGGUCGGCAUGGGACAAAAAGACAGCUACGUAGGAGACGAAGCUCAGAGCAAACGUGGUAUCCUCACUUUGAAAUACCCCAUUGAACACGGGAUCAUCACCAAUUGGGAUGAUAUGGAAAAAAUCUGGCACCACACUUUUUACAACGAAUUGCGUGUUGCCGCCGAAGAACACCCAAUCCUGUUGACCGAAGCUCCGUUGAACCCAAAGGCUAAUCGUGAGAAAAUGACCCAAAUCAUGUUCGAGACUUUCAACGCACCCGCAAUGUACGUCGCCAUCCAAGCGGUACUCUCAUUGUACGCUUCUGGCCGUACCACCGGUAUUGUCUUAGAUUCCGGUGACGGUGUCUCGCACACCGUACCCAUUUACGAGGGUUACGCUUUGCCCCAUGCCAUCCUUCGUUUGGAUUUGGCUGGCCGCGACUUGACUGCGUACCUGAUGAAAAUUUUGACCGAGAGAGGUUACAGCUUCACCACCACCGCCGAACAAGAAAUCGUUCGUGAUAUUAAGGAGAAACUGUGCUACAUAGCUUUGGACUUCGAACAGGAAAUGGCCACUGCGGCCGCUUCCACCUCGUUGGAAAAAUCAUACGAGCUACCCGACGGACAGGUCAUCACCAUCGGAAAUGAACGUUUCCGUUGUCCAGAAUCCUUGUUCCAACCUGCCUUCUUGGGAAUGGAAUCCUGUGGAAUUCACGAAACUGUAUACAACUCUAUCAUGAAGUGCGAUGUCGACAUCAGAAAGGACUUGUUCAAUAACACCGUUCUAUCCGGUGGUUCCACCAUGUAUCCGGGUAUUGCAGACAGAGUACAAAAGGAGAUCACUGCUUUGGCUCCUAGCACGAUCAAAAUCAAGAUCAUUGCCCCACCAGAACGUAAAUACUCAGUAUGGAUCGGUGGUUCCAUCUUGGCUUCUUUGUCCACCUUCCAACAGAUGUGGAUCUCCAAAGAAGAAUACGACGAAUCUGGGCCAGGCAUUGUUCACCGUAAAUGCUUCUAAGCCGUGGCCACCCCACAGAGAUAUAAAAUUAAAAAAUUAUUUAUGUUCCUUAA